AUGAGUGCUGCUCAGAGUCAAACUACACUGGUGUCCAAACUGGAGGCCCUGCAGUGCCACUUCACCUGGGAUCUGGACCCCAGCAGGUCCAAACUCUACCGUCUCCAGGACAAACUGGAUAACAUCGGCACCGAGGAGGGAAACAGCUGGCUGGGUCACAUUCACAACCUGCAGGGGUUUGUUGAAUACAAGAUGAAAAACAUAGAAAAUGCCCAGAGUUUGUUCAACAAGGCUGCAGAGGCCUUCUGCCAGCUGAGAAACGCAGACGAGGGUCCCUGGUUGGUGGUGAACUACGGGAACCUGGCUUGGCUGCACCACCACCUGGAGGACGAAGCAGAGAGUGAGGCUUACCUGUCAAAGGUCGACGCCCUGAUGAAUAAAUACCCGUCUCCAUCCCAGGACGAGCUCCAUCCGGAGAUCUACGCUGAAAAGGUUUUGAGAAAUCCUGUCAGCAGCUACAAUGGAAUUAACCCAUUGCUUAGGGUUUACAGAAACUAUUUAUGUCUUGACGAGGCUAUUGAUUUGAUAGAGGAGGCUCUGGAAAAACAUCCAGAUGAGUGUUAUCUGAAGAGAUGUGCUGCACUCUGCUACAAAUGGAAGAUAAUUUGCAAAGAGCAAAGAAAGCCAAAGCAAAGCGUGAUAGACAGAGCAAUCUAUCUCCACAAGGAGGUGAUUUCUCUUUGCCCUCAUUCUUCUCUCAAGCAGGAAAUAGACCUCGCAACCAUAUACGCAAAGUCAGAUUACGGUCUGGAUAAAGCUGAGCAGAUCUACCAGGAGCUGUUAGAACGACCUGACCUGGAACCUGCAGACAAACAGCUGCUUUACUACAACUACGCAAAGUAUUUACACUUUGAGCAACACGAGUUUGAAAGUUCAGUGCGAUAUCAUAUGAAGGCGGCUGAGAUACCGCACCAAUCCCUCUAUCGUGACGACAGCAUUAGAGUUCUUAAGAAGAUUAAAGACAGAAUGCAUAGAGAAAUACAGGAGUUUCUGCGCAACCUGCAGGAGCCACAGUGA